AUGUCUGACGAGGGAGAACGAGUGAGGACUGCUGGCAUGACGUCUUUGAAUAGGAGUACCGGCGAGUUCAGAUCAUCUGCCAUUACCGCUGACCUCUGUCUCCCGGGGCUUCUGGGUAAGGUGUUCUUCAACGACUCCAACAACUGCAGCACCAGCGAGGAUGGAAACGUGACUCUGGGGUCGCUUCGUGUGACCUCUGGCUCCACGCAGAAGAACUGGGUGGCGCUGCUGAUCCUGCUGGCCAUCAUCGUCACGGUAGCGGGGAACAUCCUGGUCAUCAUGGCGGUGAGCUUGGAGAGGAAGCUGCAGAACGCUACCAACUACUUCUUGAUGUCGCUGGCCAUCACGGACAUGCUCCUGGGCCUGCUGGUCAUGCCUGUCGCCAUGGUGACGAUACUUUACAAUUACACAUGGCCCUUCCCCUUCGCUCUGUGUCCUGUCUGGAUCUACCUGGACGUACUGUUCUCCACAGCCUCCAUCAUGCACCUCUGUGCCAUCUCUUUAGACCGCUACAUCGCCAUCCGCAAUCCCAUCCAACACAGCCGCAGCAACUCCCGCGCCCGAGCCCGGGUCAAAAUCACUGCAGCCUGGACCAUCUCUGUAGGAAUAUCCAUGCCAGUUCCUGUCCUUGGCGUCCAUGACCACUCCAAAGUCUUCCAGGAUGGCAGCUGCCAGCUGACGGACAACAGCUUUGUCCUGAUCGGUUCCUUCGUGGCGUUCUUCGUGCCCCUCCUCAUCAUGGUGGUGACAUACUUCCUUACCAUCAGCGCCCUGCAGAGCCAGGCGACGAUGUGCUUGGACCAGCUUAUGGUGCGUCCCAAAUGGCUGUCCAUGCUGGAGCUGCUGCCGAGAGGCUCGCUGUCCUCUGAGCGUCUCUUUGGCCGGGGAUCCCUCUGUCCUGACUCCAUUGUCGGGACCUCCAGGCCCUUUGGCCGACGCACCAUGCAGUCCAUCAGCAAUGAACAGAAGGCCUCCAAGGUUCUAGGUGUGGUUUUCUUCUUGUUUGUCAUCAUGUGGUGCCCGUUCUUCAUCACCAACGUAAUGGCGGUGGUCUGUGACUCCUCGGCCUGUGACCCGACGCUCAUGGCAGGACUGCUGAACGUCUUUGUGUGGGUGGGCUACCUCUCGUCCGCCGUCAACCCGUUGGUCUAUACGCUCUUCAACAAGACAUACCGAGCUGCAUUUGCCCGCUACAUGCGCUGUAGUUACCGGGAGAAGAGGAGGCCACUGCAGGUCAUCCUGGUCAACACCAUCCCUCCGCUGGCCUUUGACUCCUCCAAGCUCCCCCUACAGGGAAGCAUCUCUUUGAGACGGUCAACAGAGGGCAGCGGAUCAGGGGGCUCCCCCACUAUGAACCAGACAGAGUCUACCAAUUUACAAAACAAGUGUGAAACGGACGAAAGGGUGAGUCACGUGUGAAGCUGGAAUAGUCUGACUCCAGUCAGCAGCAGUUCUAUACAUGCAGUUUCAGGGCAUGUUAUUGUUUUAGGUUUGCACCAGUUAGAGUUAGAAUUACUUGUAACUGAAGUCACUAGGGUUGCCACCCAUCCAGGAUGUCCCUAGAAUGUCCAGGUUUUUGGUUGCUUGUCCAGGAAAAAAUAAUU